AUGACGCAGCCCUCCCUCACGGAGGACGAGCUGGAUGAUGCUCUUGGCCUCGCCAUCCGUGCCGCAAACACGGCCGCCUUCAUCAUCAACAGCGCUAUCGACGAGAGGACAAACAGCAUCGUCGAGGCGCAGACACGAAACCACCCGAACGAUCUCAUGACGCAGUACGAAAAGCAGUGCAAGGAGGAGGUGCUGAACAUCCUACGCGUGGGCACUCCUUCGUAUGCUAUUCUGAGCGACGGCAUGCACAGCGAGGCGGUGCUCGGUGACGGCCCCACGUGGAUUGUUGGCCCGAUUGACGGCACCAUCAGCUUCGAGCACGGCCUCUUCGACUUCUGCGUCUCCAUCGCGUUAGCCCUUCGCAAGGAACCGAUACUGGGUGUCGUCUGCGCGCCACGCCUGCAGGAGGUCUUCACCGCCGUCAAGAACCGCGGCGCCUUCAGCAACGGCCAGCGCAUUCACGUCUCGCUGGUCCAUUCGUUGAAGCAGAGCGUUGUGCUGCUGCACCAAAACUGCACCCGCAGCGACGUUGCCGUGAAAAGCAUGACGGCGAUGCAGGCGGAGCUGGCAAAGCUGCCCGUGCAAGGGCUGCGGUGCAACGGGUCUGCAGCGCUGGACAUGUGCCUUGUCGCGGCUGGACGAGCGGAACUGUUUUGGGAAGCUGGCGUGAACCCGUGGAAUGUGGCGGCAGGCGUGAUCAUCGUACGUGAGGCAGGCGGCAUUGUGCAUGAUGUCGAGAACACCGACGGCUUCGACCUCACCCGACGCGGCGUGUGCUGCGGAUGCUCUCUGGAUGUGACCAAGCAUGGCGUCGAGCUGAGCCUCAAGCACAACUACUGUAGCUCGGUGUUGAACACGUCAUCUUGA